AUGGCGGCGGGGGGCUUCCGCGAACUUUCGCAGCACCUCUGCGUCAACGGGAUCGUGCUCCUCACGUACAACUGGCGCAGUAAGUACCAUGCGCAUGACGUCUCCAUUAUGCGAAGCAUGUGGGACCUCAGCUCCAGCCUCUACAGCCAUUGGUGCGUGCCCACGGGGCUGCUCGCGUUGCUCCAGCUGGCUUUUGCAUGGUGCACGCAGACGGCCAGCUCGGAGGUCUAUCAACUUGCGGGCGGUCCCUUGAUGCUGCUUGUCACCAUUGUCCUCUGCAAGAGUUGGCUCCUGAUUUACAUGAGCCGCCUCCAUGCAGUCGGCGUUCGCAUCCAUGCGAUCUCCAACUCCUUGACCGGGGGUGCGACGAGACAGAUGAUGGCCAUCACGCUCAUGAUUUUCGCCUCCUUUUGCUUGGCCUUCCUGAUUCUUGCACGCAGCAAAGACCACGGUUGGGUCUUGGCCUCUGCCUACCGAGGACUGCUCUUCGGUGAUGGGAGCGGCUUAGAUAACCUUGGCCUCAACGUCGAUGAGGAAGAGUAUGCCCGGAACGACGUCAUGCUCUGUGGAGUCAAUCUUAUUGGCUCCACCUUCUUCAACAUCAUCAUCCUGAAUCUGAUUAUUGCCGUCUACAGCAACGAGUAUGACAAAGUUCAGCAUGAAGUGCCGCUCCACUUCCUCCAUGCUCGUGCGAAGUACUGCGUGAUGUACUACUUGUCCUGCAACCUCCUCCAGUGGAGAAGCGAGCAGUUCAAGCUGUUUGUGAUGGUGGCCGCUGUCGCUGCUGCAGCUGUUGCAAUGGUCGCUUGCACUCUAUGGCCCUUUUGGAGCUUUUGGUCUCUGGCUCUGCUCUUGUCCGUGGCACAGUCGCUUAUUGCAGCUGCCAUGGUCCAGUGCGAGUGGUUUAGCAUGGAGGGCGUUGCCUUCUCCAACCAAGAGCAUUUCAUCUGGAUCUGCCACAAGUCCGAUCUGGUUGACCAUUCACUUCUCGACAGCAGCAGUUCGCACCAGGAGGAUGAGUUCCAGGACCGCCUUGCAGAGGUGCGUGCGUUGAUGGAGUCGCGGUGUCGAGGUAUCGAGUCCCAGGUUGCCCAGGUCGACCGAAAGUUGGAUUCGAUACUGGCGAUGCUCGAGGAGACUGAGUAG